AUGAGCAGAACUAAAGCAACAACAUCAGGAUGUCCAGCAAAAAGAAACCAACUGCUCAAGUCCCCUCCAUCAGCCCUGUCCAGAAACACUAAAGCAUGGAGGAAUCGUUUCUUUAUGCUUUCCAAAACGGGUGAAGACUCCUUCCAGCUGACAUAUCAUGCAAACCAUAAAAAGAGAGACAAGCCUUUGGGAGCGAUAGACAUUUCUAAGAUCAGCCUGCUGUUUACUGGGCCUGAGGCACAUCAGAAGUGGGACUGGAUCCAGAAAAACUUCAAGUGUUCUCCAUCUUCUGUGCUGUUCAUGAAGGUGGAAGAAGACGCACCAAAAAACUCUAGAGAAUAUUUUCUCAUUGGAGAAAACAGUGAUGAUGUGAAUGGUUGGCUCAGUGCCUUAGUCAAGCUAAUGAAGAUACAGCAAUCACAAAAUACCCUUCAGAACAGCAGACAAUUUAGACUAUCUUUUGAACCUUUGCGUCCAAACUUUUCAAAAGACAAUGACAGAUGCUCGGCACCUGAACUAAUGUUAACUUACCCAUCACGCUACAGAAAUGAUGAGUAUCCUCACAAGCUCAGUGAACCUUCAGUACCAGUAAUGCUUAAGAUUCCAGUUUUUGAGAAUAAAGAUGAGAAGGACAGGAAGCAGAAUGAAUCUCCACAGAACAGAACGUUACAGGGCUUUUUUCUGCUCUAUAGUGAAAUGCACACACAUGUUGAGAAGGAGAUCUGCGUUUGUCAAAAUGAUCUGAAAAACAGUCUGAUCUUGACACAGGAAGAAGGCAAACCAUGUGUGUCUGACUGUCGGAAGAUUGAGGACUCGUGUCUCUUCCAUAAGGGGGAUCAGAUCUUGGCCUUCAAUGACCUGCUUAUAGACACAGUAGAAGAGAUACAGACAUACUUAAGAAGACUAAGCAAGGACGAAGUAAAACUCACUGUUCGGCGGCUUAUAGGAUCCCAGCCUCUGCACUCUGAACCCUGCCCAUCAUAAUGAAGACAUCAAAUAAAAUUUCAUGUGAAUUCUGUCACCACCAUCAAUCUGUUAAAAAUAUUUUUAUUAUUGGUAACUUUUUUUCGGUAGCUAGCUAUUUAAAAAGACUGUAUCACAACUGUAAGCUUGCGUUUGGCAAGUGAACGGCACUUUAUUGGUGCCAUUCCAAAAAAAAUGUAAAAAUAUCACAUCUAGCUUUAGUGACACCUGCACCACUUUAAUUCCCUCUCUUUUAUUUUAUUUCUCUUUCAUUGAAAGAUAAAAAUGUAUACAUUGCUUAAUGAUGAUUUCUAAAUAACAGUAAGCACAGUAAGUAGCCUACUUAAUAUACAGGUGAAAUAUGCUGUACUGAAGUAUUACUAAACUUUGACUGUUUGUGCCUUUUUUUAAUUAAAUCAUGUAACACUAAUGUAAAAUGAUUCUUGUGAUUUUUUUUUUUUAAAAAGUGCUGAUGUCUGUUGUUGUGUGCAUGUAAAUUAGAUCAGUC